AUGGGCAAUGGCAUGUGCUCCCGAAAGCAGAAGCGGGUCCUGCAGACGCUGCUGCUCCUGACCGUGGUCUUCGGCUUCCUCUACGGCGCGAUGCUCUACUACGAGCUGCAGACGCAGCUGCAGAAAGCGGAGGCGGUGGCGCUCAAGUACCAGCAGCACCAGGAGUCCCUGUCCGCCCAGUUACAAGUUGUAUAUGAACACAGAUCAAGAUUAGAGAAAUCCUUGCAAAAGGAGAGACUGGAACAUAAGAAAGCAAAGGAAGAUUUUCUUGUUUAUAAGUUAGAAGCACAAGAGACCCUAAAUAAGGGAAGGCAAGAUUCCAAUAGUAGAUACAGUGCAUUGAAUGUCCAACAUCAGAUGUUGAAGAGUCAGCAUGAGGAGCUGAAGAAGCAGCACAGUGACCUGGAGGAGGAACAUCGGAGACAAGGAGAAGACUUCAGUAGGACAUUUAAUGACCAUAAACAGAAAUACCUGCAGCUGCAGCAAGAGAAGGAGCAAGAACUUUCAAAGUUGAAAGAAACCGUGUACAACUUGAGAGAAGAGAACAGGCAGUUAAGGAAAGCCCACCAGGACAUACACGUACAGCUGCAGGACGUCAAGCAACAGCAUAAGAAUUUACUCUCCGAGCAUGAACAACUUGUAGUGACUUUGGAAGACCACAAGAGUGCGCUAGCUGCUGCGCAGACUCAGGUUGCAGAAUACAAACAGCUGAAAGAUACUCUGAAUCGGAUCCCAAGCUUCCGAAAAACAGACCAAGCAGAGCAGCAGAAUGCUACCCAGGUGGGCCAUUCUCCACAAGGUGCUGGUGCAGCAGGAGAGACAGCGGCGGGAGAGCCCCGGGAGGUCCCUCGAAAUAGUGAAGUAUGGGAGAAGCAGGAAGCACUCUCUGAAAGGGCGGGAGAAAAGCCUGCUCCCACACCGAAGGAAGCUGAGUUCCAGGGCCCAGCUGAGCUAAACCAGGGAGAAGAAGAAGCCAGAGCGCCAGAGGAGCAGCAGGUAGAAGAGGAACACAGGAAGGCCCUGGCGGAGGAGGCCAUGGAGCAGGUAGGGCGGGCUGAACGGCUUCAGGAAGAACACGACCCCUCACCUGAGGAGCAGGACCGGGAGUGGAAGGAACAGCAGGAUCCAAAAGAAAGAGUCAGUCUUCUAGAAGGACACGUGCAUGCUGAGAUGGAUCCUUCGGCCAAGUCCAAGUUCCGCUCCCCCUAUGAGGAGCAGCUGGAACAGCAGAGACUGGUGGCGAGGCAGGCGGAGGAGGCCCAGCAGCUGAGAGAGCAUCAGGAGGCUUUGCACCAGCACAGGCUGCAGGGACACUUGUUGCAACAGCGACAGCAGCAGCUUUUUGCCAGAGAGAUGCCUCAGCAGAGGCACAUUGGGCCUGAGGAGGAGCAGCCACAGCGCCCCGAGCAGCUAAGGAAGCAAGCCCAUUAUGAUGCUGUGGAUAAUGAUGUUGUUCAGGGAGCAGAAGAUCAGGGUAUCCAAGAAGUAGAAGGAGGUGCCUACGAGAGGAACAAUCAACACCAAGAUGAGGCAGAAGAUCCUGAAAAUGAACACGAGCCUCAAGAACAAGGGCCGCAUGAAACGGACCCUGAAUCUGAAGCAGAUAGGGCAGCUGUAGAGGAUAUAAACCCAGCAGAUGACCCUAAUAAUCAAGGAGAAGAUGAAUUUGAGGAAGCUGAGCAAGUGAGAGAAGAAAAUUUGCCAGAUGAAAAUGAAGAUCAAAAACAAAGUAAUCAAAAGCAAGAGAAUGCAGAAAUGGAGGAGCAUUUGGUGAUGGCAGGAAACCCGGACCAGCAGGAGGACAAUGUGGAUGAGCAGUACCAAGAGGAGGGAGAGGAGGAGGGUCAGGAAGAUUUGACUGAAGAGAAGAAAAGGGAAUUGGAACAUAAUGGUGAAGAGACUUAUGAUGAAAAUGCUGAUGAUAAUAAAAACAAUGAAAGAGAAGAACAAGAAGUUCGAGAUGAGAAGCGCCCCAGAAACCGAGAGGCACACUACCUAGAGGAUGAAGACGAGGAGGACGGGGCUGCUGCCGCUGAGAAGUCACACCGGAGAGCUGAAAUGUAGAUACACCCAGUAUCACAGUGUUCAGCCAAUGGACUUCUUUCAAGCUGCUCAAAAAUAAAUUGGCCUACUGAACUCUAGGAUGUUUAAUAAGAAAAAUUACGAAUUUAGACUUUUUUUAAACUUUUAUAUUAGAAAUGCUCCAUACAUUUAUAUGAAUAUAUUUUGAUAACCUAGGUUAGAGCUUCUUUUAUAUUCAGCUAAACAGGAAAAUAACAAAGGAAACAGGUUCUGAGUCUCAUAUUACAUAGAUUAUGCAAUGUUGAAAGGACUUAGAUUUUGUAUAUGUUUUAAGCUUGUUACUUUUCUAUUUUCUUAUUUCCUAGGUGUUUUGUUGUUUGCCUUUGAAACAGUACAGGAUUUCAAAACAGGGAAUACCGCCAUAUGCUGUGCAAACUUAUGAAUAACUGGUUUACAGUUGCUGCCUUCCCGAGGUGCUUGUGCAAGAGUGUGGAAAAAUUUUCACCAGUCUCUGUAACUGUGAAAGCACCAGUGUAAAGAAUGACAUGACAUUUGACUGGGAAGAUAUUUGGCUUUUUUUUUCUUUAGACUUUUAAAAUCAAUUAGAAUAUGUAUGUUUAACAUAAUAUCAGACUGUUCUUCUUGCAAGGAUUCACUGUCACUCUCAUCCCGUUGCUCAUCGAUUUGCUCGAGCGGGCACCAGUAACGUCUCCAUUGUGAGACUUCUUUGUUACUGUUUUUGGCAUGUUGAAUACGCCAUGGGUAGCUUGCCAGGCUCUGCCGUGUACGCAAGAUACUCUCGUAGCUUGCCAGGCUCUCUGAGAGUGGCUGAGGAAUCAACCCCGGUCAGCCACAUGCACAGCAAACACCCUACUGCUGUGCUAUCGCUCUAGCCCUUCGUGAAAGGAAUACAAUUUAUAAGUAAGGAAGCACUAAAACUUAAGACAAUAUUCUGGGCUUAGGUGUUUCAGUAUUCAAAAAGGUGCUGCCCAUGAAUAGGUUGUUUAAUGACUAGUGUGUGUGGGUAGUGAUUUCUGAGUCCUAGACCCAUUCAGAGAUUCCCCCACCCCCCACCCCCGUCACCAAGUGAUGUCCUGGUUUCAGUAUCGAGUUCCCUGCAGUAAUAUAUCUAUAUGUACAUUUCUCUGGUAGCUGUGUGCCUGGAAUAUCAUCACUUUGAUGCCAAGAAUGAAGACGUACCAGAUUGUACCAUAAAAUAGUACAAUUUGUACAAUUAAAAAUUAAAUUGUGCAAUGUUAAAACUACAGUGAUACAUGACACUAUGAUAGGCACUAAUAACUUUUCUUUUUCCAGGGAUUGGUUCUUAUAUCCUUGUAUAAGACAUUUGAGUGACUUCUGAUUUUAAAAAUUUCUUAAACAAAAUUGUCAUUAAAUAGAGACAUUUCAUUCUCAAGCAUAAAGAUCUUUAUAUAAAAUAGAAUUAAGUUAUAUGCCCGUGCUUUGAAAUAAUACUACCAAAUUAAUAAAAACAAACCAGUUUCUACAAUUGAAUGUAAUUUUAGUUUUUAAUAAUCAUGCUAUAGGUGGUUUUGAUUAUCCCAGUUGAGUGACUGUAUGCAUACGCAUAGGAAUGUUGUUCAAGUGUACUUUCAAUUUUCAGUAAUCAUAAAUCUUACCUUUAUGUAUAAAAACUUUAUGUAAUGUAAAAUGUAUAAUACUGUACAUAAUAUUAAGAAUACAAUUAUUUUGGUAAAUUAGUUUGUAUUUUUAAUGUCCCGGUUGCAGUAUUUAAUUAUUUGAAACAUAUUGAAACUUGGUAAUAGUCAAUAAAGCUAUAGAAAGCAGCAGUAAAUCUCUCAAAGUAUGUGAUUUCUUACUAGUU